GCGAGGCUGUUUUCUUCGAGCGAGUUUUGAGUUGCGACUUGCGAGUUUGUUCGUUUUGCCUUCAAAAUGAAGUGCGUUGUUGUUUUUCAAAUUUGGUUGUCAUAUUUUACAAUUUUGUGUCAUGCUUCGUUGUCAGGAUUGUAUAUAGACAAUGGAAUAGAUCAGACAAUAAUGCAAAGAAUAAUGACAAAGCAGGAGAAGAAAGAAGUUGAGUACGAAAUUCUUAACCUUUUGGGGUUAGAAUCCAGACCCAAACCUGUUGCUAACUCAAAAACAUUGGACAGUUCAGCUCCGAAAUUUCUUUUAGAUAUUUAUAAAUCUAUCUUAGACUCUCCAAGUGGUAGGACUACAAGAAGUGAAUUCAACCUGAGUGGAAAAGAUUUACAUGCCAUUGAUGAGAGUGAUGCUAUUAUGAGUUUUACUAGUCAAAAUCAUCAUGUGCCUGGAGUGAGACAUGAACGAGGAAAGCGAUUGUGGUUUAAUGUAUCCGAAGUACCAGCUGAAGAAAUUGUCGUCGGAGCAGAAUUGAGACUUUACCAGACAGCAAAUUUUACGCUUGCACCUGAAAAAGUAUUCACAGUUACCGUUUACCAAGUCUUAACAAGCAUAGAUGGCCACAAAGAACUCCAAGUUAUUGACUCAACAAAUACGACUGGAUCUGAGGAGGGGUGGUUGAUAUUUAAUACCACUGGAGUGAUCAGUUCAUGGGUGGCGUUUCCCGAUUCUAAUCAUGGACUUUAUUUAUCUGUCCAUGCCGCCGACAGAUUAUCCCAUGAAAUGCGACCUGAAGAACUGGGACUGGUUUCGGAGAGCAUGGAGGGGGAGGAAGAGAAGCAGCCAUUCAUGGUUGUGUUCCUGAAGUCGAGUGGCGGACAGAGGGUACGCCGCACGAGGGAGGCUCCCAAACGCAAGAGGAAAAACGAGAACUCUGAAAUGAGCUACAACAAAAAUCCAUUCAUGGAUUCUACUACGCAUUCGUGGACGUCAUCUAGGAGCUGUCAAAUACAAACCCUUUUUGUGAGUUUCAGAGAUCUUGAAUGGCAAAACUGGAUAAUAGCGCCAGACGGAUACAGCGCAUACUACUGCAGCGGUGAGUGCAACUUCCCGCUUAACGCACACAUGAACGCCACCAACCAUGCCAUUGUGCAGACUCUCGUCCACCUCAUGAACCCCAUCCAUGUACCCAAGCCAUGCUGUGCGCCCACCAAGCUCACACCCAUAUCCGUGCUCUACUUUGUCGACGAAACCAACGUCAUCCUCAAAAAGUACAAAAACAUGGUCGUCAAAAGCUGUGGUUGCCAUUGACACUCGUCUAAUAUUCCACCGAUAUUAUUGAUCUAUUAUUAUUGACACGGCUAUUUCAACCGAGUCUAUUCAUUUUGUGAAUCAGUGUACUGUAUUUAACUUUAUGACGAGUGAGAUAUUACUGCUGUUUUAGUUAGCUGAAAUAAUUAUAAUGUAGGACGUAUUUAUAGAAUCUCAAAUGAUAUUAUUGAACUCCAGUGAGUUAGUAACUCUCUGUUUUAGUAAGUGUCAUACAUGACAAAAUUAAAAACCAUAUAAAACUUGUAGUACCCUUUUAUUAAAACAUUUUAGAAACUUAAAAACAUUUUAACGACUAGUUUCUAUCUACUUUGGCCAUUUUCAAGUUAAAAUGUAAAUGUUGAAUUUAACAUUUUAACUUGAAUGGCCAAAGUAGGUCGAAACUAGUCGUUAAAGUGUUGUAAAGUUUUUAAAAUGUUUUAAUAAAAGGGUACUACAAUUUUAUAUUGUUUUUAUUAAUUUGUAUAAAGUAGCCCAUAUUAGUGAAGUGAUUUUAUGACAAAAUUAGAUUGUUCAAUGUCAUGUAUGACAUGAGCUGAAAUAAUGAUACUGUAGAACUCAUUUAUAGAAUCUCUAAUGAUAUUGUUGAACUCUAGAAUGAAUGAAAACGUGAUUAAAGAAGAUUGAGGAUAUGAUUGAUGAUCCCAUUGGAUGCGUGUAUUUUCAAGUGCACCUCAGAUCAUGCAUGAGUCGAGAAAUAAAAUCUGGAAAGAGCCAUUGAAACAUGUUCUGACUUGUCUGUAGCUGCUCACACUGAACGCAACCAGCAAGUGCACGCGUUCAGUGUGAGUGUACUCAUGCUCUUUCCAGAUUUUGUCUCUUCAUCUGCGCGCUUGGUCAUACAUGACCACGCGUGCACUUGCACAUAUACACAUCCAAUGUAAUCAUACCCUAAGAAGGUUAAGAAAUAAUUUUCUAAUGAUGGUCUGGAUUUCCAUAAUGAAUGAAGACGUUGUUAAAUAUUGUCAAUUCCAAUUUUAUUGUAGAACAUGUUUUAGUUUUCAAAAUGUGACUCGUACAGCCACGCAACUGUUGACUUAUGCUCAAAUAGAAAUUGGGAUUCACAUUUUCCAUUCGUUGUCAAUGAUUUUUUAAAUAAUUCAGCUUUUUAUUGAGAAUGGAUGUUUUUAGGAAGCUAAUACGUUAUUUAGGAUCCACAAACGAAUAAAAAUAAUCUAUUCAUUGUCUCAAUAUAUUAAUUCAAUAUAAUUAAUAUUUUUUCAAUAUAAAUUAUAUUAUAUUGUAAUAGAAUACCAUCGUCAGCUAAGAGUGUUAACCGGCUAUCUCCAGUAUUGUUUCACUUCAUUCAUUUCCUUAGAUAACAUUGAUAAUUCAUUGUCAUAAAAAACUGAAUUUAAUUAAUCUUAAGAAAUGGUGAUAUUGGCAGCUACGAAUACAGCAGAAAGAAUACUGGGAACAAUUCAAAUAAUCACAAAAUUUUAAUUUUAUUUUGAAGUUCUGCCAAACCGUUUAAAGCUCCUGGUUCCUUUAAGAUCAAAUUUUACAUUCAAAUACUAAGACAUAACGUUCAUAUUUUUAUCAACAACAGUACCUAACAUUAGAUUCAUCCAACAUCUUCACAGCGCUCUGAUUUACAUUGAGUUUUCAAUCGUGCUUUUACAGUUGAGUCUAAAUUCAUUGAGCGCUGCUCUAAAUUAAAUAAUUAUUUUAAUGAAAUUAAUGAAAAGCUUUUUUCUUUUAAAAAACGCUAGUACGAUAUCGAUAUUGAUUUGACGAACGAUUAUAAGUUGUUAAUUACCCAUGAUUAUUUUUUAAAUAUAAUUACAUUUUGCAAAUAGAGAUCAAAAUUACAGUACUGUACAUUUAUAUUUUACCAUUCACAAUUUUCACAUUCCAUAUUUAACUUUAAGGUGUCAUAUUAUCAAUGUAUUAAAUAAAUUUUAUCAAUAUAAUUUCAAUUUGUGAUUAUUCAUAGUAGGUUUUAUACGAAUGGAAUAAUGUAAAGUCCUUAUUCAACUGAUGCAAAUAAAACUUCGUUAUGAAAUACAAAAUGGUUGAUAUGACCAAUAGAGAUCUAUAUCAAUGUAUUUGCAGUUGAAAAAUUGUUUUAUGCUGUAGCUAGACUAUUAGAUGGAUGCGAUGGAAUAUCAGUUUUGUAUUUAUUCACUUGUUAAAAUAAAAAAUUGAAA